GUUCCGCGAAAGAAGAUUUCGUGUUUACCUUGACUUCGCACGCGAGAAAUAUUGAUCGGUGUAUAACCAUUAAGAUGCUGUAAGAAUCAAGGUGUAUAGGAGGAGAAUGAUGUUGUCAUGAAUAUUUUAUCAACUGGACGAGAGAAUCUGCCUUUGUAUCGGCGUAUUGUUGUACAGUAUUUUCUGUACAGCUGUGCACCAUUGCAAUAUGUUUUCAAAGAUAUAAUGGUGGACGGUUGUAUUCGGUGAGCUCGAAAGCACUGGGCUCCCAAAAGAUGACUAAUAUUCCAAAGUUUUUCUUUUCCUUUCUACAAAUAUUUUUAAUGAAUUCAAAGUUUGUGUUCACUCAAGAAAUUGUGGAAUUUAUGGUGAAGCCAAAAAGUCAGGCUGUUGUAUACAAUGGAAGCAUAAUUCUAAACUGUGAAGCCAGGCUGGUGUCUUCCCCUACGGAGCAGCUGUCCUACGCUUGGUAUCUAAAUGGGGGACCACGGCCCCAGGGUAGCUCUAUAUUCGUCAACAACUCCCUCCUUAUACAGAACAUACACGAGGCAGAACUAGGGAACUACACCUGUGCUGUAUCCUCCAGUGAUGGAAUCUCACAGUUAGCCGUGUCACCUCCAGCUCAAAUCAUACAUGCAUAUAUCCGUUCAUUUGUGAUGAAUCCAAAGGGUGUGACUGUGACUGAAGGAGAUACGAUAACCUUGGACUGUGUUACAGGGGAAAGCUCCCCACCCCCUGAGAUCUUCUGGGAGAAAGAUGGUGUCCUCUUCAGGGGUGGAUCCCAGUACAAUGCCACCUAUAGGAGUGCCUCAUCCCUGGGUUUUGUGCAGCAGUUCAGCAUGAAGCUGGUCCUGGUAGCCACACCUGAGCAUAGUGGGAAGUACAACUGCGCUGCUAGGAACAGCAUGCUGGGAAUAUAUGUUAGAAGCUUACAAGUGUUCGUAGGAGUUACAGCAUUUGAGUUUGCAGCAAGAGUAGAUUUAAACCUUUAUAAGAGGGAUAUUUUGACUCCAAAGGACCAACCCUUUGUGCUGGACUGCCCAAUAAUUGGAUACCCCUCCCCAGUCAUUAGCUGGAGAAAAGGACAGGUGUCCCUAACCCCGGUCACCACUAACCACACCCUUCUGCCUAACGGUAGUCUCUACUUUGAGUCCUUUCAGUUGGAGGACCAGGGAUACUAUAUCUGCGAGGGGAUAAACAAACUAGGGAGAGAUAUAUCACCUGACAUUGUACUACAGGCAGCUUAUAUUGACUUUGAAUUUUCUCGACAUCCAACUUCAAAAUAUGCCAUAGCAGGCCUGCCUACCACCCUCCCUUGUUCCCCUCCCACUUCUAAUCCCCCCGCCAAAGUCACAUGGUAUAAGAACAACCAGCCAUUGACCAACAAGUUCAAUAACAACAGUAAGACUGUGUUAAUCAUGGACCCUGACAAUGGGGUAUGGGACCUUUUUAUAGCUGAUGUACAGCGGAUACAUGAGGGGCAGUACUUCUGUGUUGCUGAGAACGUGUUUGCUGUUCCGUCCUCUAGAACCUCAAAAGUUGCCACACUUAGAGUAGGAGGAGCACCUACAUUUGUGCAGCCCCCUUUGAGUCAGUCAGUUGUCAAAGGUCAAGGUCUUGUGCUAAUAUGUCUGGUUCAGGGAGAUCCCGAGCCAGAAAUAACCUGGUUGUUCAAUGGACAACCGGUCACAGAUGGAGCUUAUACAACAGCCUUCAGCAUGAAGAACCAGGAACUACACAUUGCCAAUGUAAAUAAGGCAUGGGAGGGCUAUUUCACCUGUAGAGCCAAUAAUUCUUAUGGAAAAUCUGAGGCAAUGGCCUAUGUCACUGUUAAAGUCCCGGUGGUAAUUACGAAGCCAGUGGUCAAUUUGACGGUAACCAUUAACAACCAGGUGUUUUUGCCUUGUGAAGUCUAUGGAGACCCAGUUCCAAAUGUGACUUGGUACAAAGAUCAGGCCCCUCUGUCCCUCACCAGUCGAGUCCGUCAGACGGUGGAUGGAUUGUUUAUUAACGAUGUUAAUUUGACUGAUGGGGGAACUUACACCUGUCUGGCGAUGAAUGAGGCAGGCACUGCUCAAUCCUCAGGAAUACUGGCUGUGCAGGCUCCACCAGUGUUUAAAGUGAUGCCAAAGAAUGUCACCGUGGUGAUAGGUGGUGCUGCUAACUUCACAUGUAGUGUAGACAGUCAUCCUGCUUCAACUAUUGUGUGGAAAUUUAAUGACACCAAUCUUCUGCCUGAUGGAGUAUUUAUUAACCUAGACAACAGUGUACAGAUCGCCAUGGUAACCUGGCAACACGUGGGAAAAUACACAUGUGUGGCCUCCAAUGUUGUGGGUUCAGAGAGCAUGUCUGCAAAACUUUCUCUUCAAGUGCCUCCAAAAGUUAAAUAUAUUCAAGGAGAUUUAAUAGUUGUAAGAAACCGGGCCACCACCUUAACCUGUAAAGCCGAGGGGAUCCCUGCCCCACGAAUCAGCUGGUACAGGCGAGGAUCCGAGAUUCUCUCCACUGCUGAUGGGAGGAUUGUAGUGACCAGUGAAAGACAACUACUCAUUAAGGUCGCCAAUGCAGGGGAUGAAGGUGACUACACGUGUUCUGCUGUCAAUGACGCAGGAUCAGAUCAAGCAGAAGUCUCUAUCCAUGUUGUGCAGCCACCUUUACCACCGACUUUGUUAGACCCCAUAGCAACAUCAGCAACCUCUGUGACCUUGAGAUGGACACCGGUCACUCAGAACUGGUACACUUCAGUGACCCACUACAUAGCAUACUACAAACAAAGACAUGAGCUGAUGUACACUAGACAUGACAUCCUGGCAGGACCCAAUGAUGUGUCUCAUAAUGUGCAGGGUCUGCAGUCUGGGGUGGAGUACUUGUUUGUGGUAACAGCCACAAAUCAGGCAGGGGAGGGAGGGAGGAGUAAUAGUAGAUCAGCCAAAACUUUUAAUGCAGAUCCAUCAAGUCCAAGAAAUGUGCAUGUAAAUAAUGUGGGACCCAGCUCCAUCACAGUCACCUGGGAGGUUCCAGAAACCACCAAUGGAAUCAUUCAGAAGUACCAGAUCUGGUAUCAAAUUAGCCAAUCAAAUGAAGAGCCAGAGAAAAUUCAGGUUCAGGCCCCUACCACUUCCUACACUGUGACAGGGCUACUAGCUUACACUGAGUACCAGUUUAAUGUCAGGGCAGCCACAGUGGAGAAGGACGUGGAUCUGUGGGGAAAUUUCUCCUCCAUGGUGGUCACUAGAACAGAGGCAGCAGCCCCCAGUGGAUCCCCACGUUCAGUUGAAGCAAGGCCCAUAUCUUCCACUGAAGUGCAAGUUUCUUGGCAGGCCCUACCCAGUAAUGAACAUAAUGGCCCCCUGAAAUUCUACCAUAUUAGAUACAAGUCUACGGCACCUUCUUCUGGCUUUUCUGAGGUGAAGAGCGUUAAUUUUACUGAGACAUCAGGGAUGAUAAAUAACCUUCAACCCUGGACAGAGUAUGCUAUUACCAUAGAAACAGAGAAUGUGGCAGGAAGAGGUCCCCCCAGUUCAGGGGUCAAAGUUCGUACUUUUGCACUAGCCCCUAGUAGUCCCCCAACAAAUAUCAGACUCACAGCAGUGUCCAGCAGUGUAGUCAAUAUACAGUUUAAGUUACCUGACCCCUCCACUUGGAAUAGUGACAUUUCUGGUAUAGUGGUGGAGGUCCAGAAGGAUGGUGAGAAAACAUCAAGGGAGGUCACUCUUCCCACGACACCAGGUUCUCUCCCAUACAAUAUCAGUGACCUUGAGCCCUGGACUUUAUACAGUGUUAGAGUGGCACUAUACACGACUCAGGCAGACAAUGGAACAGGGCCCUGGAGUGAUUGGAGACUAGUCCAAACUCAACAGUCAGUACCAGACAAGGUUGGACAGUUUGGUUACCAAGGCACCCCGACCAGUAUAACAGUUUACUGGUCCCCUCCCCUCAAACCUAAUGGAGUCAUUGAUUUGUAUGUAGUGAAGCAUUACCCUUUACCAAACGGACAGACAAACAGACAGAGUGGUCUCACUGAAUCAGCAGAAGCUUACUUGUCACCUUUUCCCUAUCCAGUUAUAUAUAAUGCUUGUGAUUCUCUGACUUAUUUAAAUUCUUCUUAUUCAUCAAUCAUGGAUGACAUUCUUCAGGAGAUUCUGGAAAAUAAAGAUUCCGAUAUGAUGAACAAUUUCUCUGCAUUUGUUUCGAAAGUUGCAGGUCUUCAUUUGACCUUGAAUAAUGUUACAGAUGAGAAGAAUUUUAAUAUGAGCCUUGGUAUAAUCAGUGAUUCAUUCAGUCAACUGGAUUUGAAUGCAUUGACUUGGAUGUCUGCCUGGAAUAGAUCAGUAUUUGAUCUUUGCAGUGAUUUACUCUGGGUCAGAAAUGGUCUGAUAUACCAAAAUACAACAGGGACCCGUACUGUCUUAGAGAACCUGCAGCCCUCCAUGGAAUAUGUCGUGGGAAUAUCAGCCGUCAACUCCAAAGGAGAGGGCAAGGUUUCCAUACACACUGCCAAAACUGAUUCUCUUCCCCCACCUCCAGCACCACCAAACACCACAGAAGGUACCACCGCUAACACCACCACUGUCCUCGGUAACUCCCUGGCUCAGGGUCAGGAGGACAAACUGCCGGUGUACUUAGGGGGUGCUGCAGCAGGGGCGAUACUGGUCAUCUUCAUACUGGCCAUAGUUCUGUGUGUCUGUAUCAAGGAGAGAGAGAGGCAGAAUCUGGUAGCUUCCGGAAACUUUGAAACAAGGUCUUCUGAAGGGAAGUUUGGUGAAAUGCCCAGAGACAGAUCAGGAAGACAGCAUAACAGCUAUGGUCAUCUGAAGGAGAGCCAAUCAGUGGCUGCCUCAUCCACCUUCCCAGGAAUCCGAAUCCACAAACCAGACUCAACAGGUAUAGAGAAUCCGUCCUACAGGCAGGGAGUGUCAGACCCCGGGGGUGAGUGGCGACCAGACAGGGAAUCUAUCUGUGUGUCCAUGGAUCUCUCUGCUGAGGAGGUCUACUCCAGGGCCUCCACUCUGCAAAGGAAAGGCCAACUGAAGACAGAGAAUGCAGAGGCGAUAGCUGUGAUGAGGAAUAGUCACCUGCCCCUGGGGGUGGAUGAUACAGACUCCCUCAUACCUAACGAUUCUGUGGUCGUGUUCGCAGAGAGGACUGCCCUCAUCGGUGGCACAUUUGUUGGCGACAUCGCCAGCGAGGGCCUUGGCGAUGGAGGCGUAGUAUGUGUUCCUCCUGCCCUGGUCAAUCUCCCACGCUGA